AAAAAUAUCUGAAUGUGCCUCACACCCAUUUAUAUUUGGAUAAAUGUGAAUUAGUAGUUCAUAUUUUCUUUUUUUUUAAUUAUUAUAACUGAGGUAACACAGCGAUCCCUUUUACCAAAACUUUCUCUUAGCUCUACACGUUAAAGUGUGAAAUUUCAUUGCCUCUGACUGCAGUUCAGCACAUACAGGGCUCGGUGCCAAGCGCUUCCGGGCUGCAGACAGACAGCAGAGCGGUUUGAAUGACUGAGCCACACACAGAGGGAAGUCCUCUUGCCAAUUUCUUUGACUUCCGAUUCUCCCCACGUAAACACACUCACGUGAAGCGCGACCCAAAACGCCCCCACUGUCCACGACUGUCCUCUUUCCACACUAUCCCACUUAUAACAUCAUUUGGUUUUUCUUCCAGUGAUCCAAAAAAGGAUAAAUGCAAUGGUGUGUUUGGAUUUAUGGAGGUUACUUAUUUGCGCAUCAUCAUUAUAAUCUUCUUCUGCUUUUGACUUGUUACUUUCACUUGUGUGUUUUUGUUUGAAUCAGCUUGUUCUUCCACCAGUGAGCACGUGCACAGGCAGAACUAUUUGUGUGGGAACAGUCAGGGACAUUGGGUCAAGACUGUUUCUGGUGCAACACAAAUGUUUUUCCAUCCAUACAUGACUUAAGCAGCAGAGCACUGAGUCAACAUGCAGCUCUGCCAGCUGAAUCAUGAGCUAAACGCAGCAGCAGGUGACAAAUGAGAUGAUCACACAUUGUGAUGUAUUGAUAUGCUGGUGAAAUGGCCGAGUAUUUAUUGGGAAUUAAAGAAUUUAAAAGGUGGACAUUUAAAAUUUUUAAAAGUCUAUGGAGCCUAUUUCACUUUGUUCUGAAUUCUCUUUUUCUUUGUUUUGAAACAAUAAUUUCAGUCAGUAAUGUGAUUGGGCACAGGAAAAAAAGUACACAACUGAUAAAUAAUGUGUGUGUGUGUGUGUGUGUGUGUGUGUGUGUGUGUGUGUGCGUGCGUGCGUGCGCGCGCUCUGAAUGGCUGCUUAUACUGAGCCAGGAUCCUCUGGAGGUUUCUUCCUGUUAAAAGGGAGUUUUCCUCUCCUCUGUCGCUAUAUGCUUGCUUAGUAUGAGGCUUGCAUCAAGUCACUGACACUCACUUGAUGCAAUCUGCUGGGUUCCUUCUAUAGGAAACAUUUUUUCUGAUUGGCUUAAUGAACUGACCUGAAUUGGAAUGUUUACUAUGUGAAGUGCCUUGAGACGACUCUUGUCAUGAUUUGGCGCUAUAUAAAUAAAAUUGAAUUGAAUUGAAUAAAAACUCAUAAGUUUUACUAACUGUGAUCUACUUUGCAUCUUAAAACAAUCUGAACUAUUUGUGGAAUAUUUGUUUAUUUAAAAUGUUUAUCUGAUGUUGCUGUAUUGCCAUCAAAGAUGUCUUUCGCUAUUUUUACUUAAUAUUUUUACAACUGUUUUCACUUCAUACUUUAUAAAAUGUACAGUCAAUCUGAGUUAUGCGUGCAGGCUGAACGUGAAAAUAGUCUACUACACCUAUCUCCUGCAUCAGAUUCUGAUAGAAAAUAGAUGGUGAAACUCUAGGAUUUGAAAAUCCCAACAGAUCUACAUCACACUGUCACUGAACGUUCAUGAACUCAUGACUGUUGUUGGUUUAGCAUCCAGGAAACAGCAGAGAACAUCUCAACUGGUAGAAGCUAACCAUUAGCAUUAGUGGCUCCACCACACAGAAAAACUCCUCCAGGCAUGUGUUAUUUGUGAAGAUAAAACAUCAACGUUGCAUAGCCAAUGGAGUCCGCCAUGGAGUCGUGUUACUGUUAGCCAAUCAGAGGUGGGAUGCCCAAAUAUCUGGAACUCCAAAUCCUGUCAAAGCUACUUUCUCAUCUGGCUGAAUUCUCCAUGCUGAACAGGCACACCAGAGCUUUUUUCCCCCCAAAUGUACGAAUUAAAAGGCAUUCAUUCAUUCCUAUGACAGACCACUACAAAUGUAUUAAAAAUAUGAGUGAAGGACCUUGAUUCUGUGCUGAAAUUGAUAACGACAGAGAGUGAAUGGCAAAAGUUUUUGGAUGUUCUUUCUUUGUAUGUUGAGAUAGAUGGAUGGAUAGAUAGAUAGAUAGAUAGAUAGAUAGAUAGAUGUGAGUGUGGACACAUUUUCUCAGAUAUCAACAGAUGUGACAAAGUCCUUGAACAGCAGCUGUAUUGGUUAAAAAAGGCCAGAAAAAUCAUGUGCCUGAUUUUUAGUAUGCAGCCACCCCGCCUGGAGCAGAGAGCACGUGUACCCUGCCUCGGUUUACACGUGCCGCUCAUGAUCCCAAGUACACCCUCCUCCCUCUUUGUGCGGUGGGUCGCGCGCAUGCUGCUCCUGCUCAGCUCGCACAGGGAAUUCCUCUGUGUUUGUUGAUAGAUUGGUCAGUGGGUCAGAGGGGGGACCGCAGCCCCUUUCCUCUCCAGCUCCGGUUCGCCACAGAAUAAGAAGGUUUCACUUUACAUCAGCCAGUGUCUCUGAAAGGCGAUGGGAGGACAUCAUAACCCAGAUUCAGGACUAUUCGGGCCACCAGGGUUUCUAUUUCAGUAACGUUAGUGUCACCAUGAACUUCAGAAGGAAGCAGUUAGAAGAAGCGUACUUGAUCAUAAAUCAGCUGCAGUGCGUCAUUGCUACGUGACUUUUUUAUUUUUAGAAUAUGAAGGUCUUAUUUUCUAUGAAAAUAAAUGUUUUUUAUGAGAAUGAGAAGCACUUCAUUAUUAAUAGAUGCAUCUCUACUCCAUUCAUGCCUGGAGUCUGGCAACCUCAGUCAGGGUUCAGGUGGUGUCAUCCUGUACGCUGGCUCAUCUGGCAGUGCCAGUCCGAGUCCUGGCAGCCCUUCAAGUGGAUACCAGACCCAGUCGCCAUCCUCUCACUCGCAGCCCUCGUCCCCAGAGGGGGUCUCCUUUCAGGAGAUCGGGGCUCUGAAACGGAGAGGAGAACACAGGGGAGGAAAUGUCUCACCAAAAAUGGUUUUUCAGUUUCCUGAAGUGAGCAGUGCUCCAGUCGCCCAAAUCACCACGGCAGCCUACAGCCAUCCAACCGUGGCCAAAAGGCCUUGUGGUUUCACUGGAACCUUCACCAAGACUGGAGGUAUGGUGCUUUUAUGUAAGGUGUGUGGGGACAUCGCAUCUGGUUUCCAUUACGGCGUCCACGCCUGUGAGGGCUGCAAGGGAUUCUUCCGACGCAGCAUUCAGCAGAACAUCCACUAUAAGAUGUGUGUGAAGAAUGAAAACUGUCUCAUCAUGCGCAUGAACCGUAACCGGUGUCAGCACUGCCGCUUCAAGAAGUGUCUCUCCGUGGGCAUGUCCAGAGAUGCCGUGCGUUUUGGGCGAAUUCCAAAGCGGGAGAAGCAGCGACUCCUGGAUGAGAUGCAAAGCUACAUGAACAGUCUCAACGAAUCGGCUUCCAUGGUGAUAGAAGCCUCGCCUCCCUCCGACGCCCCCUGCAGUCCACAGAACCAGGUGAACGGUGGAGCCGCUCCCUUGCUGCAGUCGUACCACAGUGAUGAGAAACCACUAAAGAUGGCUGCCGGCUGCAACAGCAGCCUUGGUGCUCCGAGCUUCCUGAGCACCGGAGCUCAGGAAGCGUCCCACACGUCGGCCCAGACGCGGCACGCGGUUCAGACGGAGCAGCCGAGCCUCACGACGAGCUGCCACGCCCCCACAAACUUCCCCGUCACACCCAGCAACAACGAAAGCUCCACCAGCGCAAACGCCAACAAGUGCACGUUCUCCCCUAAACAGAACCAGUGCCCCAUCAGUGGGCUCGCACCGUCUCAGAACAGUGUCCAAAACAGAGAUUUCCACAACCAGAAUUCCUGCCCCUGGAAGCUAAACGGAGGUGCUAAAGUCCUAGCUUGCCCUCUGAAUUCGUGUCCGGUGGCUCCGGCCAGUCGCUCCAGUCAGGAGGUGUGGGAGUCUUUUUCCCAGUGCUUCACUCCAGCGGUGAAGGAGGUGGUGGAGUUUGCUAAGAGCAUCCCGGGCUUCCAGUCUCUGAGCCAGCACGACCAGGUCAUGCUGCUCAAAUCCGGCACUUUCCAGGUGCUUAUGGUGAGGUUCUGCUCGUUGUUUGAACCCAAAGAGAGGACGGUAACCUUCCUCAACGGACAGACCUACUCCCUGCCCUCACUGAGGGCGCUCGGUAUGGGCUCUCUGCUGGAUGUCAUGUUUGACUUCAGUGAGAAGCUGGGAUCUUUGGGCCUGGAGCAGGACGAAAUGGCCCUCUUCAUGGCUGUCGUGCUGGUGUCUGCAGACAGCUCUGGCAUUGUGGAGGUGUCAGCAGUGGAGCAGCUGCAGGAGAACCUAAUCAAAGCUCUGCGUUCUCUCAUCACCAGUCGGCGGCCGGAUGACAGCACGCUCUUCCCGAAGCUGCUGCUCCGCCUGCCGGACCUGCGCACCCUGAACAACCAGCACUCGGACAAACUAUUAGCCUUCCGCAUAGACCCCUGAGCAUAGGUGGCUCAUGGGUUCACGGGGUAUUUAUUUUUUUUGGGGGGGGUGAGCUGUCUUUGACUUUUGUCUCUGCAUGAUGGACAGCUGUUUUUGGAAUCUGUGCCAAGUCGGAUGCUGCGAGGAUGGGAGCUGGAAAAGUACCAGCGAAGAACAGAGGCCCAGCAGGAGCCAACGAGCUCUCCUCCUGUUGCUUCCAGCUGUACCACUAUGAAGUUUUAGGUUUGUAGAGCCGGUGUAACCCCCCCUUCCUCUAGAGAUUUUUGUUCUGAAGACCAAAAAGCACAGAGAACUUCUUGUUCCUCAUCGUUCUGCUCCCCCGCCCCGUCAAGCCGACAAGAAGAAAGCACAAACUCGCUCGGAUCAGAAAAACGCUCCCUGUACAUUCUCCAUACAGAGUAAAGACUCUUCCAUUUAUCAUCAAAGCCUCUGAAGUCUAUAUGAAAUAAAACAAUAGCAUUUUCUAACGUGCAGCUAAAGCUGUUAAAAAGAGAAAAAGGCUAUUUUCACUACAUGUGGAAAAUCUUUAUGAAAAUCACCCAUUUGUGAUUGAGGUAUGUUUGAUAUUUUUAGGGAAAAAAGCGUUCUUGCUGAAUGAGAUAUAGUUUUAAGAUGUUCUCUUGUAUAUUUUGUACAUAACUAUUAAAGCUGGUUGCAGAUUCUUGUAUCAUCUAAUGCCUAAAAACAGAAAGAAAGCAUUUCAUUUCCGUGCUCUUGAGUAUUUUGUUUUGAGGAAAUAUAGAGUAUAAAUAAAUGUAUCAUUAAUGAACAUCAUCAGCUCGUGUACAUUUUGUAAAUGUUUACGGUCACAACAUAGAGUGCCACUAUUAAAUACUAUUACAUGCA